UAUUACGUUGUUGUAGGGAACCUCAGCAGCACAUCAAGCACUUCGAACAGUGAAGAUAUCUCCUUUAAAUUCACAGAAGAACUUCACGAUUGCCAAAGAAGAUACAGGAUGGGUGGUGUUUGUUGUUGACACUUGACAGAUAUGAACUGAUAACACAAGCAAUGUGGAAUGCAUUCAUUUUCCUGUACCUGUAAAGUAAACUUAAAAGUAACAAAUAAAUAAAUUCCUGGAACAGACACCUCCUAACUAGGCAGAAUGGUUUAUCACUGGCAGUCCCACAAUGUUAAGCUUUCAGGAGUGGAUGAUAUGGUGUUACUGCCGAAAAUUACAGAAGAUUCUAUUGUGGAGAACCUGAAGAAACGUUAUAUGGAUGAUUACAUCUUUACAUGCAUUGGCCCAGUUCUUGUGUCCGUUAAUCCAUUCAAACAGAUGCCAUAUUUUGGAGAGAAAGAAAUAGAGAUGUAUCAGGGAGCAGCACCAUAUGAAAACCCGCCACAUAUCUAUGCAUUAGCUGAUGAGAUGUACAGAAACAUGUUAAUAGAUAAUGAAAAUCAGUGCGUAAUAAUCAGUGGAGAAUCUGGUGCUGGGAAGACUGUUGCUGCCAAAUAUAUUAUGUCAUACAUUGCCCGUGUAUCAGGUGGUGGCCAGCGUGUGCAGCACAUAAAAGAUGUCAUUCUUGAAUCAAAUCCCCUCCUUGAAGCCUUUGGCAAUGCUAAAACUGUCCGCAAUAACAACUCUAGUAGAUUUGGAAAGUAUGUAGAAAUUUUAUUUGGAAAUGGUGGCCAACCGGAAGGUGGACGUAUAUCUAACUUCUUACUUGAAAAGUCCAGAGUGACUACUCAAAAUGCUGGUGAAAGGAAUUUUCACAUUUUUUAUCAGCUGUGUACUGGGGCUUCAAAUAAUAUGAAACGUGAUUUUGGACUGGAAUCAUUAGACUACUACACAUACCUGAGCUAUGGUGGGAACCAUAAAGUUGAUGGAACGAAUGAUGCUCAUGAUUUCCAGGAAACAUUGAAAGCAAUGAGUGUAAUGGGCAUGGCAGAAAACCUCCAGACUGAUGUUUUUCGUGUUGUGGCUGGUGUUCUUCAUCUAGGGAAUGUUAUGUUUGAAGAACGAGGGAAUUAUGCACAAGUUUCUGAUAACAGAUAUCUUGAUUUCCCUGCCUACCUGUUCCAGGUAGAUCAAGGACAUCUAAAUAACAAGUUAAUAAGCCGACGCUUUGAUAGCAAGUGGGGCAGUCAGUCUGAUACCAUUGAUGUUACGUUGAAUGUGGAGCAGGCUGUGUAUACUAGAAACGCUUUAGCCAAAGGUGUAUAUGCAAGGCUGUUUGAUUUUCUAGUCAAGUGUGUGAAUAGUGCAAUGGAAACAACCGUCACGGGCCAGAGCAUAGGAAUAUUAGAUAUAUAUGGAUUUGAGAUCUUCGAACGGAAUGGAUUUGAGCAGUUUUGCAUCAAUUUUGUGAAUGAGAAACUACAACAGAUUUUCAUUGAGUUGACAUUGAAAGCUGAGCAGGAGGAGUACAUGUCUGAGAACAUACAAUGGACGCCCAUAGACUACUUUAAUAACAAAGUAGUGUGUGAUUUAAUAGAAAGUAAACGGCCACCUGGACUAUUUUCUGUGAUGGAUGAUGUGUGUGCAACAAUGCAUGCUGUAUCAGAAGGUGUGGAUCAAGAUUUGCAAAAGAAAUUAACAAAUGCAUCUGCAGGACACCAACACUACCAGUCCUGCAAAGAAGGUUUCAUUAUUCAUCACUAUGCUGGAAUUGUUAGCUACAGCAUUGAAGGCUUUUGUGAUCGCAAUAGAGAUGUCCUAUUUCCUGACUUAAUCGAGCUGAUGCAGUCAAGUAAAAAUGAAUUUUUGCGAAGCUUGUUUCCUGACCAGAUAAGUACUAGCGCAAAGUCCCGACCAACAACAGCUGGGAGCAAGAUUAGAGCACAAGCAAAUGCAUUAGUUGAUGAACUGAAAAAAUGCACACCACAUUAUAUCAGAUGUAUAAAACCAAAUGAAACCAAACGACCACGAGAUUGGGAGGAGCUGAGGGUAAAACAUCAGGUGGAAUAUCUUGGACUGAAAGAAAAUAUACGUGUCAGGCGUGCUGGUUUUGCUUAUCGGCGACCAUUCAGAAAAUUUCUGAACAGGUAUGCAAUAUUGACCAAAGAAACAUGGCCACAUUGGAAAGGUGAUGAGAAACAGGGUGUUGAAGUAAUCAUGAAGAGUGUCAACAUGGAAAGAAACCAGUAUCAACUGGGUAUUAGCAAAGUUUUCAUCAAAGCUCCUGAAUCAUUAUUUAUGCUGGAAGAACUUAGAGAGAGAAGGUACAAUCAGUAUGCAAGGGUUAUCCAGAAGGCAUUUAAGAAAUAUUUUGCCCGUAGACAGAAUGAGAAACAGAAAAAUGAAGCUGCAGAAUUAGUUUUUGGAAAGAAGGAAAGGAGACGUUAUUCACUGAAUAGGAAUUUUGUGGGUGAUUAUAUUGGAUUGGACCUACGACCUUCUCUACAGAAUCUUGUUGGUCGCAGAGAAAAAGCUGCAUUCGCUGAAGUGGUUAAGAAAUAUGACAGGAGGUUUAAGCCCGUACGUCGUGAUCUGGUACUGACAUCACAUUCAUUAUUUCUUAUUGGAAGAGAGCAAGUGAAAAAGGGUCCAAACAAAGGAAAAUAUGUUGAAAUUAUCAAACGGAAGCUCAACUUGGAAAAUAUAAGUCAUGUUUCACUUAGUACUUUUCAGGAUGAUUUUGUAAUCAUUCAUAUGAAGGAGGAGUAUGACAGCUUCUUGGAAAUGGUGUUCAAAACUGAAUUUUUAACUACUUUGAACAAAAAGUUUCAAGCUCAUUUAGCACGAAACUUGCACAUAAAAUUUUCAAAUCUCCUCGAAUUUAAAGUGAAGAAGGAAGGAUGGGGUGGAGGCGGUGUUCGACAGGUGAAAUUUGUGUCAGCAGCUGUAGGUGACAUGGCAGUACUAAAACCUUCAGGAAAGACACUUACAGUGCUCAUAGGUCAUGGUUUACCAAGUAACACAAAACCGGAUGUACGGCAUUCGGUGAUGGUACAAGGUCAUCGGAAUUUACCUUCAAGAAUGCCUACAAAACCACCACCUAAUUACCCUGCACCAGCCCUGCCUGCAUCAGCAACACCAGCAACUAGGCGGCAAGCUCCGGCACGGCCUCCUGCACCUACCCCAGCACCUUCUCAAGCUGCUACACCCAUACGUGCACCUUUUCCUCUUCCUGUGUCAGCAGCCGCACAGAAAUUACCUCAAAAUGCACAACAGACACGCCGGGCACAGAUCAGACCACCUCCACCGCCAAGUGAGCCGGCUCCCCCAGACCAACCUAUUGUACGGCCAGGCUCGAGGCUGCAAGCUGUCAGUAAAACAACUGCUGCAAAAACUAAUCAGGCAGGUGGAGUGAGGGUGUUCCCAGGUGCUGGUCAACUGAAACAAGAGGUGAAAAGUCCUGUACCAAAUGAAAAUGCUAGUUUCAUGAGAACACCAGAAGCUGGAGUUGCUGGCCAGAAGAGAGCAUCUGUCAAGCCUGUCCCUGGUGGGGGGAAACCAAAACCACCAGCCAAACCCAAGAAGCAAGUAAAAGCAAUGUAUGAUUAUUCAGCGCAGGAUUUAGAUGAGUUGUCAUUCCAGGAAGGUGACAUCAUUGAAGUAAUUAAAGAAUUUGAUGGAGGUUGGUGGCUGGGGCGGCUGGGUGAACUCCAAGGACUGUUUCCUGCUAAUUAUGUUGAAAAAAUGUGAUGUUUGACUGUUUGUUAGUAUUAACACAUGCAAGCUGAAUACUGAAGUAACAAUUUUCCCUGCUGCUUGGAAAAAUAUUCGCGUUAUGCACUGUUGUGAUUGUGUGAAAGUCAUUAUCUUGUUGGUAUGCAAAGUAACUGACAUUUAUUGUGAUGAUAUAUUAGGCAUGUGAAUGAUUUUUGAAUGUGGGACUCUUCUCAGUAGCUAAAUAGUAUUAAAAUUUUAUUCAGUAUGUUUGUCCCAAUGGGAGUUGUUUCUAACAGGCGAACAGGCAAUUGUGUUUACUGUCUACAGGAACAUUAUCAAUCACUGCCAUUUUAUGUAAGAUUUAUUCAGUAUUCUAGUUAAGAAUUCCAGUGAAAAUGGAUAGUAAUAUUCCAAUCUAAUGUUUCUAACAUUGGAAAAUAGCAAAAGUUUUUCUGUGAUGAUGAAUGUUUACAAAAAUGAGAACAUUUUCUGAUUAUCAGAAGCUGUUCAUAAAAAUAUAUAAAAAAAGUAUGAUUCUGAUUAUAGCUCAUCAUUACACCCACU